UGAAGCCUCCAUGGUUGAAUCAAUGCAUGUGACUCUCCGGUCCAUUGCAUCGCUGAUAGUCCGAGGAAGAGCUCUCUCCUCUGCACACUGUGUGGCUUCACCUCUCCACUUCUGCAGGUCAAUGAUGGCCUCCAGCUCGGACAGUAGACAGCAGCAGCAGCAGCAGCAGCAGGAUGGCUGUCAGAGGAAAGCCAAGAAGCAGAAGGAGCCACUGAGGAGGAUGAAGACCAAAGAGAACAGGAACAAACGUGGAGACAAUCACGGACCGUCCACUGUGUACCUGCAGGUGGUGGGAGCAGGGAGCAGAGACAAUGCUGCGUCUCUUUACGUCUUCUCUGAGUACAACAGGUACCUGUUCAACUGCGGUGAAGGAACACAGAGACUCAUGCAGGAGCACAAGCUGAAAGCUGCUCGACUGGACAACAUCUUCCUCACCAGACUGAGCUGGGAGAACGUUGGAGGUUUGUCAGGGAUGAUAUUAACGCUGAAGGACACCGGUGUUCCCCAGUGCGUUCUCUCUGGACCUCCACAGCUGGAGAAUUAUCUUCACGCCAUCAAGUCGUUUUCUGGCCCGCUGGAGGACAUCAAGCUGUCGGUGCGACCGUACACUGAUGAGACCUACGCAGACGAAACCAUGACAGUUUAUCAAGUGCCAAUAUUUGCUCAGUCGAGGAGCAGCAACGAUGGAAAGCUGUCCCCCCGGUCGGGAGGGAGCAGCCCCUCUCAAAGUCCAGCUUCUCCCAAGAGAGACGACAGCUGUGGAAACAAUCCGAACAGUCCAGGUGAAAAACGAAAAGCAAAACGAGACACAUCGCUGGUGGUUUCCUUUAUAUGCAAGCUUCACCCCAAAAAAGGAAAUUUCUUGGUCGCUCAGGCCAAAGGGCUCGGACUGCCUCUGGGCACAGCAGCGAUCGGUCCGCUCAUCGCUGCUCUGAAAGACGGGAAGAGUGUCACAUACGAAGGGAAAGAGAUCCGACCGGAGCAGGUUUGCACUCCCACUGAUCCAGGACCAAUUUUUAUUGUCGUCGAGUGUCCGUCUGAGGAGUUCCUUCAACCUCUCUGCACCAAUCAGCAGCUGAGGAGAUACCAGACAGGAGGGACGGAGGACUCACCUGCGUUACUGGUCCACAUGACUCCAGAGUCUGUUCUGAAAACAGAUGAAUACAAAAAGUGGAUGGAGAGGUUUCCGUCCACCACUGAGCAUCUGAUCGUUAACGAACACUCGUCCACAGUUCACAACAUCAGAAGUCAUAAGAUUCAAGCUCAGCUGAACAUGAUCAACCCUGAGAUAUUUCCAGAGCUCAAGUCUUGCAAAGCGAAGGGGCCUCAGGCUGCUCUGCACGUCCCCAACGUCAGAGCCGAGUGUCUGCUGAAGUUCCAGCUCAGACCCGUAAUGGAGUGGCAAAGAGACGCCAUCCCUCCCUGCAACACCGAGGAGUUUGUGAAGGAGGCGUCUGAGGUCCCAAACUUUCUGGAAGAAGUGGACAAGUGCAGACAGAUGUGCUUGACCGAUGCUGCGGAGCGUUCUGAUAAACACCCAGAGGUGGUUUUCUUGGGAACAGGAUCAGCUCUUCCGAUGAAGAUCAGGAACGUCAGCGGCACUUUAGUCAAUAUCAGCCCGAGUCAGUCGCUGCUGCUGGACUGUGGAGAGGGAACGUUCGGUCAGCUCUGCAGACACUACGGAGACGCUGUGGACGAAGCUCUGACUAAGAUCUCCACAGUCUUCAUCUCACACCUGCAUGCCGACCAUCACACAGGGCUGCUGAAGCUGCUGUAUCAGAGAGAAAGAGCUCUGACGACUUUAGGGAAACCUUUCAGUCCCGUCUACCUGGUCGCUCCGGUCCAGAUCAUGACGUGGCUCAACCAGUAUCACGACUACUGCGAGGAAAUCCUCAACCACAUCAACCUCAUCCCGAAUAAAUUCCUGGUUGACGGAGCCGAGACGCCGAAGCCGAGGACGAAAUCAUUCAUCCAAGCGCUGCUGAAAAAGAACGAUCUGGCAACGUUCCAGACGUGCACCGUGCGUCACUGUAAGAACGCCUUCGCCUGCAGCUUCACUCACCAGUCCGGAUGGAAACUGGCCUUUUCUGGUGACACCAUGCCCUGCGACUCGUUCGUACACACAGGAAAGAAUGCAACCUUAGUAAUCCACGAGGCCACGCUGGAAGACGGGCUGGAGGAGGAAGCUGUGGAGAAAAGACACAGCACGACCUCUCAGGCCAUCGGCAUCGGCAUGAAGAUGAAAGCCGAGUUCAUCAUGCUGAACCACUUCAGCCAGCGCUACGCCAAGAUCCCGCUCUUCAGUGAAGACUUCAGCGACAAAGUGGGAAUAUCGUUCGACCACAUGAGAAUUCGCUUCGGAGACUUUAAAAUCCUCCCCCGGCUCAUUCCUGCACUUCAAACCCUCUUCGCCGAGGAGAUCGGAGAGAUGGAGGGGAGAAGAGAGAAAAGGGAGCUGAAGCACUCGAGAGGAGGCAGCUUUGAUUUGAACAGCGAGCAGAAGACGAGCGGAGGAGCUGCCACUGUGGACCGAGGUGCCAAACGAGACCAGGAGGAGGCAGCGACGCACUACGGAGAAAAUAAGAGACUCAAAUCCAGCUGAGGCCUGACUCAUCAGGAUUUCAUUCAAACAUGACUUUAACUGAGAGCAACCUUAUGUUAUUUUAUUUAAACAAACCUGAUUUUUAUUUGGCUUGUGUGGUGUAAUGACAGAACAUGCAUGUAUAUUUCUUGCAUUGUAGUGUACAAAGAGCAAAACUAUGAGUUGAUUUUUCAUUAAAUAUAAUAAAGCAGUAAC